AUGACGUCGCGAGAGACGCCUCCGGCUCUCUUCCUGCUGUCUGACUCCAUCCACACAAAACAGGGUAGUGUACAAGGAAGCCAAGAGGGCAUCGCGCCGUUGGAUUCUAGUAGUGUACAAGGAAGCCAAGAGGGCAUCGCGUCGUUGGAUUCUAGUAGUGUACAACCAAGCGAAGAGGGCAUCGCGUCGUUGGAUUCUAGUAGUGUACAACCAAGCGAAGAGGGCAUCGCGUCGUUGGAUUCUAGUAGUGUACAACCAAGCGAAGAGGGCAUCGCGUCGUUGGAUUCUAGUAGUGUACAACCAAGCGAAGAGGGCAUCGCGUCGUUGGAUUCUAGUAGUGUACAACCAAGCGAAGAGGGCAUCACGUGGUUGGAUUCUAGUAGUGUACAACCAAGCGAAGAGGGCAUCACGUGGUUGGAUUCUAGUAGUGUACAACCAAGCCAAGAGAACAUCGCGUCGUUGGAUUUUAGUAGUGUACAAGGAAGCCAAGAGGACAUCGCGUCGUUGGAUUCUAGUAGUGUAAAACCAAGCCAAGAGGACAUCGCGUCGUUGGAUUUUAGUAGUGUACAACCAAGCCAAGAGGACAUCGCGUCGUUGCAUUUUAGUAGUGUACAAGGAAGCCAAGAGGACAUCGCGUCGUUGGAUUCUAGUAGUGUACAACCAAGCGAAGAGGGCAUCGCGUCGUUGGAUUCUAGUAGUGUACAACCAAGCCAAGAGGGCAUCGUGUCGUUGGAUUCUAGUAGUGUACAACCAAGCCAAGAGAACACUGCGUCGUUGGAUUCUAGUAGUGUACAACCAAGCGAAGAGGACAUCGCGUCGUUGGAUUCUAGUAGUGUACAACCAAGCCAAGAGAACACUGCGUCGUUGGAUUCUAGUAGUGUACAACCAAGCGAAGAGGACAUCGCGUCGUUGGAUUCUAGUAGUGUACAACCAAGCCAAGAGAACACUGCGUCGUUGGAUUUUAGUAGUGUACAACCAAGCCAAGAGAACAUUGCGUCGUUGGAUUUUAGUAGUGUACAACCAAGCCAACAGAACACCGCAUCGUUGGCCAAGAGGGCAAUGCUAAACCAGAGGGCAAUGUCGAAGCAGUGUGCAGAAGUUCCUCAGGCCACCGUGGGGGAGGAUAAUUUAAUACUGUAUGAACUGGAAGGUCUUGGUGCUAGAUGA